ACCCGCACCCCCCACACCGCCACCCCGGCCUGAUCCCCCGGCCUGUCCCGGCCCCGCGACCCCCGGCCUGAGCCUCGCUGCGGGCUGGCGGCGACAGGCAGUGCUGGGGAACCCUCAGCCCUGCUCCUCGCUGGCACUGCCCCUCCUGCGGCCCUGCGAAGUCCCCAGGACACUCCUGCAGCCUCCCGGGCAGGGUAGGGAUCCUGCGGCACCUGGCUGCAGUGCAGCCUUGUGCGGCCGCGGGCAGCGGCGACAGGCAGCAGCCAGCGCGGCCCCGUGCUCCCACGCCACGGCGCAGGGGGGGAGUCUCUCCUCCUUUGUCUGCUCCCGGCCAGGCAGCAGCCGGUGCGCGGCAGCGCCGGAGCAGCCGGGGAAGGGCCUCGGCAGGAACCGCGGAGGACGGCGGCCGCGGUCCCCUCUGCCCCGGCACAGCCACCGGCCCGGCCUCGCCGCGCUGGGAACGAGCAGCGAUCCCGGGGGAGCCAAGCUCUUCAUGACGGGAGCCCGACCAGGCAGCGGGGACGGCAGCUGCGCCCGGGGACGGGGAGGACGGCAGCAUUGGGGACAAGGACACCCGCGCUCCGUCCCCACCCCCGGCGCCCGCCGUCGGCCAUGGGGAACGGCAUGAGCCAGAUCCUUCCUGGCCUCUACCUUGGGAACUUCGUUGAUGCCAAAGACCUGGAGCAGCUAAGCAGGAACAAGAUCACUCACAUUGUUUCGAUCCAUGAAUCCCCCCAGCCCUUGCUGAAGGACAUUACCUACCUCCGCAUCCCCCUGCCUGACACCCCUGAAGCCAACAUCAAGAGGCACUUCAAGGAAUGCAUCAGUUUUAUCCAUCAGUGUCGCCUGCAUGGAGGGAACUGCCUCGUCCACUGCCUUGCUGGCAUCUCCCGCAGUACCACCGUGGUCGUUGCCUACGUCAUGGUUGUCACGGAGCUGAGCUGCCAGGAGGUGCUGGAUGCCAUCCGAACCAUCCGGCCCGUCGCCAACCCCAACCCCGGCUUCAGGCAGCAGCUGUCGGAGUUCAGCGGCAGCGCAGCCCGCAAGGUCCGCAGGCACCUGAAGCAGAAGUAUGGGCUGUCUCCUUUCAAUGACGAGGAAGAAAUAAAGGCCUUGCUGCCAGUAGGGAGAGAAGGAACGUCCAGAACAGAGGGAGCUGUGCAAGGACUGGUCCCAAGAGCCAGAGACAUGAGGAGCACAAGUCCCUUCCUGCUGCGGGUGAAGAGGACGUUCUCCUGCAUCCCGGCUUGUCUGAAAAAAGUGGAGCAGAGAAAAAAAUUUAAGAACAUCUCCCCUCGCCUUGGGGCAGCCAGAACAUGCGGCGUGCGCCAAGAAAGGGAAAGUGAAAGCCGGAGCCGCUUUCGGUUUCGCCGCCGGGCCGCGAUGGCGGAGCCGGGGGCGCCCAUGCGGCUGAAGGAGUGGCUGAUCGCGCAGAUCGACAGCGGCCGGUACCCGGGGCUGCGCUGGGAGAACCGGCACCGAACGCUCUUCCGCAUCCCCUGGAAGCACGCUGCCAAGCAGGACUACCGGCAGCAGGAGGAUGCUGCGCUCUUCAAGGCUUGGGCCAUCUACAAGGGGAAGUACCACGAAGGGACGGACAAGGCCGACCCCUCCACCUGGAAAACGCGGCUGCGCUGCGCCCUCAACAAGAGCACCGACUUCCAGGAGGUGCCCGAGCGGAGCCAGCUGGACAUCUCCGAGCCUUACAAGGUGUACCAGAUCGUGACUGACAGAGCCGGUGAUGCAGAGGACAGUGACACACAGUCCCCAGGCAGUAAGGACCAGCAGGGCAGCACUGCAGGGAGUCCAAAGAAGGAGGAAAGCCAGAAGGACAUGCUGGAGAGUGUCCACGUGUCUCCACAGCCCUGGGUCUCUGGCCACCCAACUGAGCGAGGGUGCCUUGUGAAGGGAGUCUUCUAUGGCUGGAGCCCAACCCAUGGCCAGCUUCUGCCCAGACCCCAGUCCUACCUCCCUGUGGAGGAUGUCAACAGUUCAGACUGCUGGCUCCACAUCCGCCUGUACUACUGCGACGUGCUGGUGAAGGAGGUGACCACCCGCACGGCCGAGGGCUGCCGCAUCACCACCAGCACCGUGCCGGCCGACAGCGAGCACCUCUAUGGCCCCUCCUGCAUGGAGCAGAUAAAAUUCCCCCCACCGCAGGUGCUCAGCAGCCACGGCCGCGUGGCCUGCAUGACCAACGUGCUGGAGCGGCUCUUGCCCCAUCUGGAGCGCGGGGUGUUGCUGUGGGUAGCACCUGAGGGGGUCUUCAUGAAGCGCCAGUGCCAGGGCAGGGUGUACUGGAAUGGGCCACUGGCCCCGCACAAGAACUGGCCCAACAAGCUGGAGAGGGAGAAGACUUACAAGCUGCUGGACACACAGCAGUACAUACAGCAGGUGCGGGAGUACCUGAGCAACGGGCAGCUCCUGCCUCAGUACCAGAUCUACCUGUGCUUCGGGGAGGAAUACCCCACCAGAGCUGGGCAUCCCUUCCAGAAGCUCAUCAUGGCUCACGUGGAGCCGGUGUUUGCUCGGGAGCUCUUCCAUCAUGCCCAGCGCUUGAGGCCGACGCUGCUCUGCAAUUCCCCCCAGCCCUGUGCCCCUGGCACCUCCAGCCACAUUUUCCAUGUCCUCAAACAGCUCUGCCAGCCCUGAACUGGGUGGGAGAGGUGACCCCAGUUGCCAUAAAGUUUCAGAGUGGGAGGCUCUGAGCCCCAUGGCUCCAUUCCAGCUGCAUGUCCCAAAGCAGAGUGCUCAAUGUGCGGGACCAGACAAGGACGGAUGUUAGCUGGGUGGGCAGGUGCUGCUGCCCCUGUCAUUGCUGUAUUUAUUCCCCAGAAGUCUGCCAGUGGGGUUUGUUGUGUGCCUAUUCAGCAAUCCAGGGCAGACCUGGCCCUGUCCUUGCACCUUGUGCUGCCAGGACUCGCCGUUGCAAACCUUAGAAAUAAAGGUUGUAUUUUCA